AUGCAUCCGAAGGAAGUCGUGCAUUUGUCGUUCGGCACGGCCGCGAACCAUGUGUCGACGCACUUUUGGAAUGCACAGGAGUCGUACAUGGAAUACGGUGCGAGCGGGAGCGCGCCGCUCGUAGAUCACGACGUGUCCUUCCGCGAAGGACUCGGCGUGGACGGCGCGCCGACCUAUACGCCCCGUGCGCUUCUUUUUGAUGUGCGCCAAGAGUUUGGCACGCUGCGCGCGCGCAAUGCGCUAUAUGGCGCGUACGAUGACGAUGCGGCGCGCGCAAAGUGGCAGGGUGAUGUUAUCCAAACGCACGACGCGGUACAGCCGAGCUGGUACGCGGCCCAGCUCCAGCACGAAGACGGCGAAGAGGUCGCCGUCGAGGGGCGGCCGCUGCAGUACUGGUCGGACUAUGCGCGGUGCCCGCUGCAUCCGCACUCGCUCGUAUCGGUCUCUGCGCCGGGUCUGCACGGAAGCUCGUACCUCGCGCCCUCCUCGUCGUUCGAUACCUACGAGCAGGGCUAUGCUGUCGCGCAGGAAAUGGAAAAGGAGCAGUCGAUCGUCGACGAAAACCUGCGCUGGAUUACUGAGGAUGCGAGCCUCAUGCAGGGAUUUCAGAUCACGGCCAGUGCCUCGGACGCAUUCGCCGGUGUCGGCGGAGCCUACCUUGCGUGGCUCGCCGACGAAUACCCCAAGACGGAGCGCAUCGUAUUCUGCCGCAAGGUGGACGCGCCGCAAGACGAUUCGCCGCGCUCGGCACGCCUGCGUGCAAUUAAUGCGAUGAACGAGGUCGUGGCACUCGUGCAGUAUGCGGACCUCGCGACGCUGCUCGUACCGAUGGCCGCGUCUGCGCCGCAGAGUCCGUACGUGCGCCCCGACCUCGCCAAUCUGCACGAAUCAAGUGCGGUGCUCGCGACAUACUUAGAGACGGCAACGCUCGGUACGCGCUUGCAGCAGCGCGAGAGCCUCGGUAAGCUCACGAGCCAGCUCAAUUGGCGCAAAGAUACCAAGAUCGCGCAGCUCGGCGGCGUCUUUCCGACGCCGCUCCUAGCGCCGAUGCGCACGCGCAAGGACCCUUCGGACGCGCUCAUCGAGGCCAUGUUUGCCGCGCGCAAUAUCACGAUCGACACACCCCAGAGUGACCCUGGGGCAGGUGCGACGGCGCUCGCAGGCGCGUGGCACGACGUUUCGACGGGCUAUAUCGACGGCGCGCACCCAAGCGAGCGUGCCGCACCGUACGCCGAGUCGGUCGUUGCGCGCGACGCGGAUCCGAUGGCCGAAGCGCCGACACUCGCGGCCGUACGCCGCUGGAAUCCAGCCCAAGCACCGCUUUUGCACACAACCUAUACGCCGCUCGCCUUUAAUGUGCCGAGCGCCUACCCCUCCUACUUUCACGGCCUGCUGCGCGACGGACGCCCGCGCCCCGGCGGCGAGGACGAGCCGUCGUCUGUCACGGCGUUCCCGACGAUUGCCUCGCUGCGCACGACGCCCGACUCGGUCGCGCUGCUGCGGAGCGCGCGCGACUUUGUCACAUCGGUCCUGAGCGGGCACGAGCCGCUCGGCGCGUACGGCAUCGCAAACGGGGCCCGUGCGGCGCUCGACGAUGCGGAGGGGUGUGUCGGCGGACGCGAUGGCCUACGGGAGAUGCGCGAAUCGAUCGAGUCGCUCUGUGCCGCGUACGGCGCCGAGGACGAGGUACAGGCCGAGCCUGGCACCGACGAGGAGUGGGAGGACGACGAGGCAUGGGAUAUAUAA